AUGGUGAAGUCGCGAGUCAAGAAGACCUUGGCUCGAAUUGAAAACGGUUUAUGUUCAAGACUCGACGAAGCACCACGCUCUGUAAGUUCUGCAUGCAGUUGUCAAACUCGGCCGCGCAUGCCGGCGCGAAACUUCUCGUUGCUCUCACCUGCUUUUCGCGGGCACCACAGAGUCCACGGAAUGUGCAGCGAGUUUGAAGACAAAGGCUUGGGGCUCUCGACUCGAUUUUUCUCUUUCCGACUUUUCUCUCUCGCGAAAAAUCUCAAGGACGACAGCCGGAGAGGCAGCGACUCAGGUGCAGGGGAACCGACGCACCUGCGCCGGGGGGGGAGGUCCAGCCAGCAGGUAUGUCCUCGUCAGGAGAGACCUUCCAUCUUCUUCGUCCUCACUUCUCUGUCUCUCUUCUUCGUCGCUUCUUCGUCUCUUCUUUGUCUCUUCUUUGUCUGUGCUUCACCCUCCACUUCGCGGCGGCGUUUCCGGCGACAGCUUCUUCGUCUGCACCUCCGUUUUCGUAGAAGCGUCUUGGGGCGUGGUGGACGAAGAAGGACCGCAGGAGAAGAAGCUGCCCGCGGCUUCUUUUCCUGCGGCGAAACAGUGACGCUCCGCUUUCUCUCCUGCAUGCGAAGGAGCUUCCAUCCGUUUCCAGCCUCCUGA